AUGGAGAUAUUGAUUUCGAUGUUGAAGCGGCUGUAUGGAUUUGAUAUCAGCCAAAACGGCCGCUCAGUAGUUAUGUCUUCAGCCGGACUCUUCUUCCUCUCGUCCUCCUUGCCGUCGCCGUCUUCGUCUGCUCCCUCAUCUCUCUCUCUCUCUCUCUCUGGCGGCCAUCUCAUAUGCAACCCUGCUAAUGAUGGCUUGGUGCUCAUGGGCUCCUCCCAUGUAUCCUCGUAUCCCCGGCCUUGCUCCCCCACAGGCUACUCGGCGUCGUUCGCUAAUUCGUGCCCCCGUCUCACCGGCCACUGGAUCCUUGCCCUCCCGUCCGAAAUGCGUGACCUCCUACGCCCUUUGUUCUGGAGUCCUGCCCGCCGUCUGGUUGGCUGGGUUCAGGAGAACGGACAGGACGGUCUCUCGCCUGAGAAUGCGGAGAAGAGAUGGAGCUAA